AGCUCUUCGGAAUAUCCAUUCCAUUAUCACCUCAUCUCUCCUCCUUCCAUCGGCCUUUACGACCUCGAUACUCCCUUAGCUCACUGUUUUAUUUCUAUCGACGUACAGCAGCCGUUGCUUGUGCAUCAUUGCGAGCUACGCUUGACGUUUUCACGAAGUCCCACUAUACUUUCUCCAUCAGCCAAUAUGGUCGGUCACGGCGUCACGGGGGUGCUUGGUGAAGAUGGCAUUCAUGUUGAUAUGAACCACCUGAAGAGCGGCGAGGUCAACCUAGGUACCUCGAUGGAUAGUAUGGCGAUCAACUUCAAAGAUGGUGUUAUAUUAGGUGCCGACAGCCGGACAACGACGGGAGCUUACAUUGCCAAUCGAGUCACCGACAAAUUGACGCAGGUUCAUGAUACUAUCUGGUGCUGUCGAUCUGGAUCUGCAGCAGAUACGCAAGCCGUGGCGGAUAUUGUUUCCUACCACCUCAACAUGUAUUCGAUUACCAACAACGAGGCCCCCAGCACCCAGGUUGCCGCGUCGCUGUUUCAGGAGCUGUGCUAUGAGAACAAGGAUAUGCUGACUGCUGGCAUCAUUAUCGCCGGAUACGAUCCCCGACAUGGCGGUCAAGUAUAUUCGAUACCGCUUGGCGGAUCCCUACACAAGCAGGCUUAUUCCAUUGGUGGAUCCGGUUCGACCUACAUUUACGGUUACUGUGAUGCAAACUGGAAAGAAAACAUGACAGAAGAAGAAGGCAUUGACUUUGUCCGGGGAGCGUUGCGAGAGGCUAUCAAAUGGGACGGAAGCUCAGGAGGUGUGAUUCGGCUGGUAGUAUUGACGGCUAAAGGAGCUCAGAGACAUCUCUACCUACCCGACACGGACUACACCGGGCCAGGUACCACCAACUGAUGGAUAUAAUCGUAUUGAUUGAAUUCUGUUCUAUUAUUAAUUAUUUAUUCCGUCUUUCUUUUUUU